UUAUGACAGUAAAUUUUAAGAACCAAUGUGAGUCGAUGGCAUUUAACUAAAGCCGCCGCCCCCUUUUCUCUCACUCUCCGCUGUUUUCCUUUUUUUUGGAUUGACUGCGACAGCUGCCAAUGAGUAUUUCAUCUUCGUGAAGUUGGGACAAAACCGAAGGCAUGCCGCUGGCUCGCAGCCUGUCCGUCACAUCCCUGUCGGGGAUGGAGGACUGGGACGAGGAGUUUGAUUUGGAGGAUGCUGUUCUUUUUGAAAUCGCGUGGGAGGUCGCUAACAAAGUUGGAGGCAUCUACACCGUCAUCCAGACCAAAGCCCGUCUGACCUCAGAGGAAUGGGGGGAGAACUAUUUCCUGGUGGGUCCCUACGUGGAGAGCAAUGUGCGCACUCAGGUGGAGCUGAUCGAGCCCACUAACCCCGAGCUGAAGAGAACCAUUGACAAGAUGAACUCCAGUGGGUGUAAGAUCUACUUCGGCCGCUGGCUUAUUGAGGGCAGUCCCUAUGUUAUUCUGAUUGAUGUUGGGUUCACCGCCUGGUCUCUGGACACCUGGAAGAGUGAGCUGUGGGAACACUGCGGCAUCGGUGUGCCGUGGUUUGACCGUGAGGCCAACGAUGCUGUGCUGUUCGGGUUCCUGACAGUCUGGCUUCUGGGAGAGUUCGCAGCCCAGUGCGGGGAGCCAUCACACAUCGUGGCCCAUUUCCAUGAGUGGUUGGCUGGCCUGGGCCUGGUGUUGUGUAGACAGAGACAGCUGCCCGUCGCAACCAUCUUCACCACUCAUGCCACACUCCUGGGACGCUACCUGUGUGCUGGAAAUGUGGACUUCUAUAACAAACUUUCAGAGUUCAACGUGGAUAAAGAAGCAGGUGAUAGACAGAUCUACCACCGUUACUGUAUUGAGCGGGCGGCUGCACACUGUGCCCACGUCUUCACCACAGUGUCACAGAUCACAGCCAUUGAGGCAGAGCACCUUCUCAAGAGGAAACCAGACAUCGUCACUCCCAAUGGGCUCAAUGUGAAGAAGUUCUCAGCUGUGCAUGAGUUUCAAAACCUCCACGCUCAGAGCAAGGCUCGGAUUCAGGAGUUCGUCAGGGGACACUUCUACGGGAACCUUGACUUCAACCUGGACAAGUGUUUGUUCCUCUUCAUUGCCGGAAGGUAUGAAUUUUCCAACAAAGGAGCCGACGUCUUCUUGGAGGCUUUAGCCCGACUGAACUAUCUACUGAGAGUCAACCACAGUGACGUGACCGUCAUCGCAUUCUUCAUCAUGCCGGCUCGCACAAACAACUUCAAUGUGGAGACGCUGAAAGGCCAGGCGGUCAGGAAGCAGCUCUGGGAUACUGCUCACACUGUGAAGGAACGUUUCGGAAAGAAACUUUAUGAAUCUCUUCUAGUUGGGCAGCUGCCAGAUGUGUCAAAGAUGCUGGACAAAGAGGAUUUCACCAUGAUGAAGCGUGCCAUCUUUGCCACUCAGAGACAGUGCCAGCCUCCAAUCUGUACCCAUAACAUGCUGGAGGACAGCACCGACCCCAUCCUAAACUGUGUCCGCCGUAUCGGCCUCUUCAACAGUUCUGCUGACCGUGUCAAGAUUAUUUUCCAUCCAGAGUUCCUUUCAUCCACCUCUCCUCUGCUUCCCAUGGAUUAUGAGGAGUUUGUAAGAGGCUGCCAUCUCGGUGUCUUCCCCUCUUAUUAUGAGCCUUGGGGCUACACACCAGCUGAGUGCACCGUUAUGGGAAUUCCAUCCGUCUCAACUAACCUGUCAGGCUUUGGCUGUUUCAUGGAGGAACACAUAGCAGACCCCUCAGCAUACGGUAUUUACAUCCUGGACCGGCGGUAUCGAGGGGUGGACGAGUCGUGUAACCAGCUCACUUCCUUCCUGUUCCAGUUCUGCAAGCAGAGUCGGCGCCAGCGGAUCAUCCAGAGGAACCGGACUGAACGUCUAAGUGAUCUCCUGGACUGGAGAUACCUUGGCAGGUAUUAUAUAGCUGCCCGUCAUAUGGCCUUGGCUAAAGCCUACCCUGACACCUUUAUGUACGAACCUCAUGACAGCACCCCGACCGCAGGUUUCCGUUACCCCCGACCGGCCUCUGUGCCACCGUCCCCGUCUCUGUCCCGCCAUUCCUCCCCUCACCACAGCGAGGCUGAGGACAAUGAUGAAGAUGAACGCUAUGACGAGGAUCUGGAGGCAGAAAAGGACCGGAUGAACAUCCGCCAGCCCUACACCCUGCCGUUCAAAAAUUCAAAGAUUUCUGUUAUCCAUGGGGCCAAUGGGUACAGCGACGGUGUCACAAGUGACAAAAACUGAGACACACACACACACACACAAAAACACACACACACAUAGAGUACUACUAAACUUCACUAGUGAAACUUUAUCUGUGGCAAUCAUUAAAGUCAUCCAUGUACUCACACACUUAAUACAUGUGUGCGGCUGUGUGAACGCGAGUGAUAAAUUUAAUAUCGGCAUGUUGUGAAAAUUGCAUCACUGUCAGUGUCUUCCCGACCUGUGUGUACCUCAGAAUUUCUUAAAAUAUCUGCCAGUUUGACAUGUUUUGGUAUUGUUUCAGUUACACCAGCAGUUCAAUAAGUGGUUUGCUUUGUGGAUUAAAUGCAGCGGGUAGAUAGGGCUAAAUGACAGCUCAGCGUGGGGGGAAAAAAAUCACAAUUGCUGGAUUUUGUAGUGUGCUAACACUGGAUAACACAGGUAUAGAGCAAUGAAAAAAAUAGAAGGAUUAUUAUGAGUCCCUGGGGGUGUUUUUUUUUUUUUUUUACUUGAUUCAAAGGUGGGUCCUAGCAGGGAAAACAACAUAACCCUCCUUUUUUUACCAGCUUGUCAUCUUUUGUCACAUUCAAUGCAGGAAAAAAGGCCCAUGUAUGAUAGUGUCAGUUGCUGUGAGUAGCCACAAAGAGCACUUAUCCUUUUUACUUUCAUGUUUUGCUUAUAGGUGUGAUGAUGAUACAGUGUUUCAAACUCAAUUCUCCAUAUUGUUGUAGCAUUUUCUUUCUUUCUUUCUUUCUUUCUUUCUUUCUUUACUACAAAAUCUCCCAGAAUGGAAAUAAAAUGUAGAAAACACACAAACAACAAAUAGCAUCAGAAUACAAUUCUGAAAAGGCUCUUAGCUUUCUCAUUUUGAGAAUAGUUUGUGUGUAUUUUCAUUUAAUUUCUGCGCCUUAUUGUAUCACAGCCUUUCAGUGUCGAUUAGCGAUGAACAGCCUUGUAAUCCUGUUUAUCUAUCUGUGCGUGUGCUUGUGUGGGAAUGCUUAUUCCUGGGUUUGCCUGUUUCAGCAAGUAUUUAUUUGUAAAAGGAAUAGAGAUGAGACAAAUAGAGGAAAAAAGGGACUGUGUCCUGAGAUGGCAACCAUGUUUUCAUAUGAGAGAAAGAGCUAGAGUGCGUCUUGACUAUUUGUCUGUCAUGGAAGAAGGAAAAUGGUUUUACCAGACAUAUACUCACACUCCCUGUAAGACUUUUAUCAUUUGUUACAAUCUUGCACCAGAUGAACUUAUAAUAAAGUUUAAAUACAUAGACCUA